CAGGCCUGCCCCGCCUCACCCAACAAAUCUUGCACUCCCCUCCCGCCAUCCUCUGCCAUGUCUAGCGACGCUCCCAACGACCCCGAAGCUCUUGUCCAUGUUGACAAGUUUUGGGAGAACCGCAAGCUAAGCAGCCCGAUCUACCAGUUUCUUCUUUCUGAUCUCAAACUGGUUUAUGCGGCUAAGGGUGUCGUGCGCGCACGGCUACCCUUGACCAACAAUCACGUCAACACCUAUGGCAGUAUACACGGCUCAGUGUCGGCUACCAUUGUAGAUGCUUUUGGAGGAUUGGCAAUCGUUUGCUGGGAUAGCCGCUCAAAGACCGGCGUCAGUACUGACAUCCACGUUUCGUAUCUUAGUGGCGCAAAGGAUGGCGAUACUAUAGAAAUUGAGGGCAGAGCUAGCAAAGUCGGCGGCACCCUUGCCUUUACCAGCGUGACCAUCUGGAAGCUAGUCGACGGCAAGCCUGGCCCAGUUGUUGCCAAGGGCUCACAUACCAAGUUUAUUAAGAUCUAAAGAACCCCGUCCACGGUUCGACUGUAGACACGCCAUCUUCUUUGAGGUCUCGUCCUGCUCUCCCAUGGGCGAUCGAACUCCACUCGGAUCGCGAAGAGUAAAUUGGCCCUCGUGUUACGAUUCUGUGCCUAGCCGUAAGGCGACGACAGCAUGGACGUGCACGGGAGUCAUACAUACUACAUAGAUGAUGCAUGUUAUGAAUGUUCAAAAAACUUCUCCGCC